AUGGAAUAUGUUCCCGGCGAUAAUCUUGCCAGUUGGAUGGAUGAAGUGGAGUUCAUGUCAGAAGCAGCUUGUCGAUUUUAUGCAGCUGAAACAAUUCUUGCUUUAAUUGAUCUACAUGCAAUGGGAUUUAUUCAUCGUGAUUUAAAAUCGGACAAUUUAUUAUUAGAUGCCGGUGGUCAUUUAAAAUUAGCUGAUUCCGGUACUGCUAUACGUGUUGAUCCGGAAACUUGA